AUGGCCGAUCAAGAGCCUCAAGCUGAACCAGUGGCCGCAGCUCAAGAGCCAGCACCAGAAGCAGCUCCAGCCGAGUCAGCUCCUCCAGCCGAAGCCCCUGCUGAAGCUCCAGCUGCUGAAGCCGCUUCAGCCCCCGAAGCGGCCGAGGCUGCUCCAUCAGAAGCGCCAGCAGAAGCUGCCCCAGCCGAGGCUGCUCCCGCUGAAGCCGCUCCUUCAGAGGCCGCACCAGCUGCCGAAGCCCGAAGCCGCUCCAGCUGUCCGGCUAAUCUAUUCUAUGUCAAACUUUUAGAAGCCCCCGCUGCAGAGUCAGCUCCAGCCGAAGCCGCUCCCGCCGAGGCUGCCCCAGCCGAAGCACCGGCUGCUGAAGCUGCUCCAGCAGAAGCCGCCCCAGUCGAAGCUGCAGCUCCAGCUGCGGAAGAGGCUGCUCCAGCUGAAGCAGCUCCCGCCGAGGCUGCACCAGCUGAAGCAGCUUCGGUCGAAGAACCCGUUGUUGCUGAAUCUGCUCCCACAACUGAGGCCGCUCCUGAUGCAGCUCCAGCCGAAGCAGCAGCUCCAGCAGAAGCACCGGCAGCCGAAGCCGCCCCAGCCGAAGCUGCUCCAGCUGAAGCCGCGCCGGUCGAGUCAGCUCCAGCCGAGGCUGAAGCAGCUCCAGCUGAAGCUGCGCCAGAAGCAGCUCCAUCAGCAGAAGAAGCCGCUCCAACCGAAGCUGCUCCAGAAGCCGCUUCAGCUGAAGCUGCUGAGCCAGCCGCUGUUGUUGAAUCUGUUCCAGUGACUGAAGCCGCACCAGAAGCCGCUCCCGCUGAAGCUGCCCCGGCUGCUGAAGCCGCCCCAUCGGAGGAAGUGGCGCCGGCUGUUGACUUGACUGCACCACAAGAGGCAUCCGCUGAAACACCAGCCGCCGAAGCUGCUCCCGCCGAAGCUGCUCCCGCUGAAGCUGCUCCCGCCGAAGCUGCUCCCGCUGAAGCUGCUCCCGCCGAAGCUGCUCCCGCUGAAGCCGCCCCUGCCGAGGCUGCUCCAUCAGAAGCUCCAGCAGAAACACCAGCCGCCGAAGCUGCUCCCGCUGAAGCUGCCCCUGCCGAGGCUGCUCCAUCAGAAGCACCAGCAGAAGCUGCCCCAGCCGAGGCUGCUCCUUCAGAAGCCGCACCAGCUGAAGCCGCUCCAGCCGAAGCUGCUCCCGCUGAAGCCGCUCCGUCAGAGGCCGCACCAGCUGAAGCCGCUCCAGCCGAAGCCGCCCCAGCUGAAGCCCCGGCAGCUGAGGCUGCUCCUGCUUCUGAAGCGGCUCCCGUCGAAGCAGCCCCAGCUGAAGCAGCUCCAGCUGAAGCGCCCGCUGAGGCGCAAGCC